GAAUAGUACACUUGUUCGUCUGGACUGCAGUCCUUGUUAUGUGCCAUGAAUUUUGACUUUUGACAACUUUCCUACGUUGCCUUUAGGAGCAUCUCAAGCAGACUCUCUGCGACGGAGAAGAGAAAACCUUGCCGGUUACAGCAACGACAGACGUCUGGUCAACGUGAACAAUGCCAGCUGCGAGAGGACGCUCGAAUGUGCAGCCUGCAGGGCCUCUCAACAUGAAUCACUAUGCUACUAAGAAGAGUGUAUCAGAGAGUAUGCUGGAUGUGGCGCUGCUGAUGGCGAAUGCUUCUCAGUUGAAAGCUGUUUUGGAGCAGGGCCCUGACUUCAAGUAUUACCUUACUGUCAUCAUACUCAUCGCUGCUUCACUUUUCUUCCAAGUGCUUGCUGGGGCGCUUUUUAUUAACAUGGCACGCAAAAACCUCAAUGAAGUGGCCAAUCAGAGGAAUCUGGACAUAAUGAAUAACGUGGCCACUGGGCUGGUGUUUCUUACUGUCAUGAUAAAUAUUUUCAUCACAGCGUUUGGUGUGCAAAAAACGGGUCUAUAUCCUGACUAGUAAACGGUCUCUACAGCAGCAUACAGGUGAUACAGGAUCUCCAGAACAAUGGCAGCUGUAAAAGUCCAGUACAUGUUCUACAAGGCAUCAUGAGUAACUUAUUUCAGUUUUAAAUGUUAUGUUAAAGAAGAGGCAUAAAUAUUUAAGUAUCUUUCCUUUAGCUUUGUUUUAAUGGCAUUUAAAUAAGGGUUAUGACUAAAACAGUUAUUUAAAUAACAUUGAGGAAAACUAAAUUAAAUAACCUUACUUUGCAAUCGUAUAGAUAUUCAGUUAAUAUUCUGUCUUCUGUAAAACAAUAAUAAAUGUUUAUCAAACACCA